GGGGCGGGCUGCGGCUGCGGACGUGGGCCGGGGCGGGCCCAGCGGAGGGCGGGUUUCAAUGUGCUGCCGCGGGCGCGGGAAGCUACUGAGAGGGCGCGCGGAUCUCGGCGCGGUAGGACUCCUUCCUAGCUAGCAGGGGGCGCCCAUGGACAAGGCCUGCCGCCAGAGCCUGAGCUAGGACCACUUCCCCGGGACUGCCCAGGCCCCCUCUGCUCUGACCCUUCUGCUGGCAAGUCUGGGCAUCCGCAGACGCCAGGAGGAGGGAGCUAUCGGCCAGACAAAACUGAGAACGCCGUCACCAUGACAACCGGUCACGAGCCUCAGGACAGGUACAAAGCCGUCUGGCUUAUCUUCUUCAUGCUGGGUCUGGGGACGCUGCUCCCGUGGAAUUUUUUCAUGACAGCCACUAGGUAUUUCACAAACCGCCUGGACGAGACCCAGAAUAUGUCCUUGGUCACUGCUGAAAACAGCAAGGACUUCCAGCCCUCAGCCACCCCCACAGUACCCUCCCCAGAGCGGAAUUAUCUCAGUGCCCUCUUCAACAAUGUCAUGACCUUAUGUGCCAUGUUGCCCUUGCUGUUUUUCACCUGCCUUAACUCUUUCCUGCAUCAGAGGAUCCCCCAGUCUGUUCGGAUCCUGGGCAGCCUGAUAGCCAUCCUGUUGGUGUUCUUGAUCACUGCUGUCCUGGUAAAGGUGCAUCUGGAUGCCGUGUCCUUCUUCGUCAUCACCAUGAUCAAGAUCAUGCUUAUUAACUCAUUCGGUGCCAUCCUGCAGGGCAGCCUGUUUGGCCUGGCUGGCCUCCUGCCCACCAGCUACACUGCCCCCAUCAUGAGUGGCCAGGGCCUGGCAGGCUUCUUCGCCUCGGUGGCCAUGAUCUGCGCCAUCGCCAGUGGCUCGGAGCUGUCAGAAAGUGCCUUUGGCUAUUUUAUCACGGCCUGUGGGGUUAUCGUUUUGGCCAUCAUCUGUUACCUAGGCCUGCCCCGACUGGAAUUCUACCGCUACUACCAGCAGCUCAAGCUUGAAGGGCCUGGAGAGCAGGAGACCAAGUUGGAUCUCAUUAGUAAAGGAGAGGACCUAAAAGCAAACAAAGAGGAGUCCAGAGUUCCAGCCCCCAACUCUGAGUCCACCAACCAAGGCCACUCUAUCCGAGCCAUCCUCAGAAACAUCUUAGUCCCGGCUCUCUCCGUCUGCUUCAUCUUCACGGUCACCAUUGGGAUGUUUCCCGCUGUGACUGCUGAGGUCCAAUCCAGCAUUGCGGGCAACAGUGCCUGGGGAGCCUACUUCAUUCCUGUGUCUUGUUUCUUGACUUUCAAUGUCUUCGACUGGCUGGGCCGGAGCCUCACAGCUAUAUUUACAUGGCCUGGGAAGGACAGCCACUGGCUGCCAAGCCUGGUGCUGGCCCGGAUAUUGUUUGUGCCCCUGCUGCUGCUGUGCAAUGUCCAGCCCCGCCGGUACCUGGCUGUGGUCUUCGAGCACGACGCCUGGUUCAUCAUCUUCAUGGCUGCCUUCGCCUUCUCCAAUGGCUACCUCGCCAGUCUCUGCAUGUGCUUCGGGCCCAAGAAAGUGAAGCCGGCUGAGGCAGAGACAGCUGGAGCCAUCAUGGCCUUCUUUCUGUCUCUGGGCUUGGCACUGGGGGCUGUCUUCUCCUUCCUGUUCCGGUCAAUUGUGUGACCAUGGAUGGAUAGAAGGACUGCAGUGGCCACCUGCUCCUGCCCCCUUUCUUCUCCUUCAGGGACGGGCAGGAGUUUGGAGGUUUUCUCUUCUAGCUAGCCAGCUUCUUCUUUCUCACGGCCUGUUCUGGGCCCGGGUGUCCAGGCCCUGAGGAGGGAACCUCUGUGGAUGGACAGUGGGGACAUUGUGAGCCUGAGGGUCAGAAUCAAGGGAAGGGAUGCAGUCUCUACAGUCUCUGCAUCUGCUCAAGGGCUGCCCCCCCCCCCCACCUUGGUUCUGACUGAUCCUUGCUUGAGCAGGGGAAGCAGAGACUCCUGGGCUCAGAGUGUGUGUGUGUGUGUGUGUGUGUGUGUGUGUGCGCGCGCGUGUGUAUUCAUCUGUCUAUACCAGGGGUGGCUAGGGGGCAGGACUGUCUGUUCUAAAGUCCAGUCUGACAUUUCCAUCCCCCUUCUCCCUAUGUGCCUCCUCCCCUCACAUCUCCGUGUCCCUCCCCUCCUCCCCCUGCCUUGUUGUUACCCAUCAUGCACCUUGUACAGUUGCCAUUUUAUGCCUUUUUUUAUAUUCAACAGAAACCAGGUGCCUUCAGAGGCUCUCUGAUAAAAUAAAACUUUUUUUUUUUUC